GAUUCUCAACAAUCCACCGUUACUUAAUAUUCUCCCAUUCUUCAAGAACAUAUCUUUCUGCAAUUGUCUACUUUCUCUUCAUUGCUUUCGAAGCCAAGAAUCUCUCUCUCUGCCACUUCCUCAUAGAUUCCUAUCCCUCCUUUUCAACCAUUAUUAACGAUCUCUAAUGAACCUUGUUUUUCAUUGCUCCUCUCUCUCUCUCCAACCCCUUCUCUCUCUAUCAUUUUCAUUUUUCGUGCUUCCUUUUGCCUCUUCCACCUCUCACGUAACCAGAAAAUCUAUACAUAACCUAUGGCUCCUCCCUCAGAUAUCAAUCAUCUUUCUCACCCUUGUAUAUACGGGGACUUUGUUUCUUCAUAUACAGAGAGAAAGUCUGGUUUUAUGAAAUGGUUUGGUAAGAUUUUCAACAUUGGGUCCAGUAGAGGAAGGGGUGGUGGUCGCCAUCUGCAGCAGCCUGUAGAGGAAAACAUGGUUUGGCCAGCUCCAGCUAAAUCCUUGGAUGAUUGUGCUAGAUCUCGGAAGGAGGAAGAGGAUCUAGAUCAUGCAAUUGCACUUUCUUUAGGCGAAAAUUUUAAGAGACCAACUGGAUAUAGAUGGCGAACAGGAACUGAUGAAGAUUAUGCAAAGGCUCUUCAAGAUCGCAUGUUCUCAUCUGCCCAUCCACCAUAUGCCCCUGUACCUUUUUAUACCCGGGGAUAUGGUAUGCAAUCGCAUAAUAGAACAUGUGGAGGGUGCAACCAAGAGAUACUCUAUGGCAAUUGUUUAGGAGUUGGUCAUAAUUAUUUUCAUCCAGACUGCUUUCGGUGUCACUCUUGUCGUUACCCCAUUACUGAGCGUGAGUUUUCUUUGUCAGGGAAGCAUCCAUAUCACAAAACCUGUUUUAAGGAAUUGACACACCCUAAAUGUGAAGUUUGCCAUCAAUAUAUACCAAUAAAUGCUGCUGGUUUGAUUGAGUAUAGAUGCCACCCCUAUUGGAAUCAAAAGUAUUGUCCAUCUCAUGAAUAUGAUAAUACAGCUCGCUGCUGUAGUUGUGAAAGAUUAGAGUCACGGGAUGAAAGAUACUAUAGAUUGGAAGAUGGAAGGAUUUUGUGCUUUGAGUGCAUGGAAUCUGCUAUAACGGACACUGGUGAAUGUCAACCCCUUUAUCAUGCUAUCAGAGACUAUUAUGAAGGAAUGAAUAUGAAAAUUGAUCAACAAGUCCCAAUGCUUCUCGUUGGGAGAGAAGCACUUAAUGAAGCCAUUGUUGGGGAGAAGAAUGGCUUCCAUCACUUACCAGAAACAAGGGGAUUAUGCCUUUCAGAAGAGCAAACUGUCACAAGUGUAUAUAGAUGGCCAAAAAUUGGAGGCCAUCGAUUAAUAGGCAUGAGAUCUCAAGCUCAACGGCUGCCUAGAAAGUGUGAAGUUACAGCUAUUCUUGUUCUGUAUGGUCUUCCAAGGUUACUCACAGGUGCUAUACUUGCACAUGAGUUGAUGCAUGCUUGGUUACGCCUCAAAGGUUACCAAAACCUUAGUCCUGAAGUAGAGGAAGGUAUUUGUCAGGUUCUUUCUUACAUGUGGCUUGAUGCAGAGGUCAUGUCAUGUGCUAGAACCAUGUCAUCAACAUCAGCAGCAGCUUCUUCCUCCUCCUACUCUAGUUCAUCAAAGAAAGGUGUGAAAUCUCAUGUUGAAAAUAAAUUGGGUGAGUUUUUCAUGAACCAGAUUGCCAAUGAUUCUUCCCCAGCUUAUGGUGGUGGCUUUAGAGCAGCCAAUGAGGCUGUGAAUAAAUAUGGUUUGCGUUGCACUCUGGAGCAUAUUCGUUUGACUGGUCAUUUCCCACUGUAAUAAGGACACGUUCUCAUAGGAGUUUGCAAUCUAGUGUUUGAUGUUGGAUUGCUUCAAAUAUAAGAGACAAGGUUGGACAGUUUCCCUCCUGUUAUUUCAUUCCCCGGGGGAAUGUGAUGUCCCUAUAUAUGUAAGGAUGUCCAUGUCCAAGUUGAAUAAUAUUAUGCAUUCCUUGUUUUAAUUUAUGAGAGAAAAUUAUUUAUGAUGUUUUUUGCUAGCAAUAAGCCAAUAAAAUCAGUAUGUUCAAUUUUAA